AUGCGCUUCCUCUUCUCCACACGCCUUCUCAAUAACUCGCUUGAUCUUCUCCGAUCGCCACGCGCCGCUGCGCCGAUCCGUUCUCUCUCUUUUGACAGCAAGUGCCUAGUCUUCCGAUCGGCGACUAAUCCAAUGGCGGUAGCCGCCUUUUCUUCGGCGAUGGCUAUUCCUCCUAACAUCUCCGUUAACCACUCGGAAGAAGCUCUGCCGGGAAGGCUGUGGAUCAAGUUUAACAGAGAGGGCCUCUUCUCUAUCUACAGCCCCUUCGCCGUCUCUUUGGCCGCCGGAAAUCUCAAGAUCGAGACAUUCCGCCACUAUAUAUCACAAGAUUUUCAUUUCCUUAAGGCCUUUGCUCACGCGUAUGAAUUGGCCGCAGAGUGUGCUGAUGAUGAUGAUGAUAAGUUGGCAAUUUCUGCCUUGAGGAAAAGCGUGAUGGAGGAAUUGAAAAUGCACGACUCCUUUGUACAGGAUUGGGAUUUAGAUAUUAACAAAGAAGUAAGCGUUAACUCAGCAACUUUGAGAUAUACCGAGUUCUUGUUAGCUACAGCAUCCGGAAAAGUAGAAGGACUCAAAGCUCCCGGCAUGCUUGAUACUCCAUUUGAAAAAACGAAAGUUGCCGCCUACACGCUUGGUGCUGUGACACCUUGCAUGAAGCUGUAUGCCUUUCUUGGUAAGGAGUUUGGAGCACUUCUAGAUCCGAGUGAUGUGAACCAUCCCUAUAAGAAAUGGGUCGAUAAUUAUUCUAGUGAUGCAUUUCAGGUAUCUGCCAAGCAAACUGAAGACUUGCUCGAGAAGCUUAGUGUCUCUAUGACGGGCGAAGAACUGGACAUCAUCGAAAAAUUGUAUCAACAGGCUAUGAAACUUGAAGUAGAGUUCUUCCAUGCCCAACCGCUAACUCAACCCACCAUAGUUCCACUGCUCAAGAACCACUCAAAAAAUGACCUCGUGAUAUUUUCUGAUUUCGAUCUUACUUGCACCGUUGUUGAUUCUUCUGCAAUUUUAGCUGAAAUCGCAAUUGUAACUGCCCCCAAAGAUGAGCAGAGUCAAUCUGGGCAACAAUUUCAUCGGAUGCUGUCAGCUGACCUUAAGAACACCUGGAGUCUACUUUCUAGGCAAUAUACAGAGCAUUAUGAAGAGUGCAUAGAGAAUAUUCUGAAUAAAGAAAAAGCGGACAAGUUUGACUACGAGGGUUUAUGUAAAGCACUAGAGCAACACUCAGAAUUUGAGAAAAACGCAAACAAUCGAGUGAUCGAGUCUGGUGUACUCAAGGGGCUGAAUCUCGAAGACAUUAAGCGAGCUGGGGAAAGGUUAAUUCUUCAAGAUGGCUGCAUCAAUGUCUUCCAGAAAAUUUUAGAGACUGAGAAUCUGAAUGCAAAAGUCCACGUGCUUUCGUAUUGUUGGUGUGGUGACCUCAUCAGGGCAGCCUUUUCUGCACGCGGAAUAGAUGCAGUCGAAGUACAUGCAAAUGAAUUCACAUUCGAGGAAUCCAUCUCAACUGGUCAAAUCGAAAGGAAAGUGGAAUCACCGAUCGACAAGGCUCAACAGUUCAAAAGCAUCUUACAAAACAGAAAGGACCAUGAUAAGGACAAAAGCCUCCUUACUGUGUAUAUUGGAGAUUCAGUAGGUGACAUGCUAUGUCUCCUCGAAGCAGACAUAGGAAUAGUGGUUGGCUCUAGCUCGAGCCUCAGGAGAGUGGGAACUCAUUUUGGGGUCUCGUUUGUGCCUUUGUUGGCUGGAAUCGUCCAGAAACAGAAGCAACACACUCAAGAAGUAUCAUCAUCAACCUGGAAGGGACUCUCUGGCACACUUUACACGGUUUCAAGUUGGGCCGAAUUUCAUUCAUUCGCUCUUGGAUGGGAGUAA